UUUUUUUAAUAAAAAAUCUACUAUAAUUAUUAUUACGCGCUGCUCUUAGCUAGCAUACAUUUUGUUUUUAUUAUCUCUGAAGUGGGUUCUCUCCAAUCUACUGUGCGACGUGCACGUAUUAACCAUUCGACGUGUACACACGCGCGUGCACACACCGACACCCAUUAAUCCGCGGUACACACACACGUACGAGCACCGACAUCGAUUUAAUUAAUAAUAUAGUGCGAUGGAUCCUUGGGUGGUCACCCCACAAGAAUGGACACGUUUUUGCGAACAUUUUCAAGCAUUAAAACCAGUUGGUGGUGUUAUUACAGGGGAACAAGCCAAAGGAUUUCUUUUACAGUCCAGAUUACCUCCACUAGUACUCGGUGCAAUAUGGGCUUUAGCUGACACUGAUGCAGAUGGUUGUAUGAAUAUUAUUGAAUUCACUAUUGCUUGCAAAUUAAUUAGUCUUAAACUCAGAGGUUUAGAGUUACCUAAAGUUAUUCCUAGUAAUUUGUGGAACUCUGUUCAAUCUUUAAAUUCAGUUCCUAAAGCAUCUUCUCCACUUAUUACCAGUCCUCCAUCAAUGGCUCCUGGGAUAGCACCGCCUAUGACGUUGCCACUAUCUACUAUAUCCCCAACAACAGUAUUACCUGCAGUAUCAUCACCAUUACCUGUAGCUUCUUCUCCCAUUGGUGUUGUUGCUUCCAAUGUCAGUCCAGUUGUAAGUCAGCCUGUUUUAAAACAACCUUCUCCGGUCCAGUUUGCAAAUUCUAUGGGGGUGGUUACUCAUCCAGUCCCUCCAGCUAAACCUGCACCUCCUGCAGCACCAUCAUUAACUACUACUCCAAUUGCUUCUAUGCCAAUGCCUAUAUCAAUAGAUUCUCCAGGAAACCAAGAAUGGGCAGUACCGCAUCAAACUAAACUUAAGUAUACACAGUUGUUUAAUACCACUGAUCGGAUGAGAACAGGUUUCUUAACAGGAGUUCAAGCACGUGGAAUCAUGGUAGCUACUCAGUUGCCACAAAAUGUUCUUGCACAAAUAUGGAAUCUUUCCGAUAUGGAUAAAGACGGUCAGUUAUGUUGUGAUGAGUUUAUCCUAGCUAUGUACUUGUGUGAUUUGGCUAAAUCUGGAGAAAAAAUUCGUAUUCCUUUACCUCCUGAACUUAUACCACCAUCUGUUCGACGCCAACGUCAGAAUAGUUUAACUGCCCCAAGUGAAGGAACUCCUGAAUCUGAUUCUUGUUUGAUAAGCCAAACUACAUUUGAAGAUAAACGCAAAGAAAAUUUUGAGAAAGGGCAAGCAGAGUUAGAAAGACGACGUAAAACUCUAUUGGAGAUACAGAGAAAGGAACAAGAAGAACGAGAACGUAAAGAAAGAGAAGAACAAGAAAGAAAAGAAAAAAUAAGAUUGGAACAAGAAAAAAGAAGACAAGAAGAAUUGGAAAUUCAAAUGAGAAAACAAAGAGAGCUAGAGCAAGAAAGGGAAGAGCAAAGAAAAAGAACUCAAGAACAAAGAGAAACUGCUCGAAAAGAAAUGGAGAGACAGCGUCAACUGGAAUGGGAAAAACAAAGAAGUAUGGAACUUCAGCAACAGCGAAAUAAGGAACAAGAAAUGGUAUUAAAGUUAAAAGGGAAAAAUCAGAGUUUGAGCAUCGAUUUACAGCUUAUGACUGAUAAAGUGCAAGAUUUAUCACAAAGAAUCAGCGAAACUCGAGCAAGUGUUACUGGAGUAAAAUCUACUAUUGAUAGUAUGCGUAUAACAAGAGACACUCAAAUGAAUGAAAUGUCUCGUUUAAAAUCUACUCUGAAAGAACAAAAUCAUCGUCUUAUUGUAGUUAGUCAAGAAAAAAUACGUUUAGAGGCCAAGAACAAAACUAAUUCAAGUAUUGAAACUGCAGAAACUCAAGAUCGAACUCAAUUAUCAAUUUCAAAUAAAAAAUUAUCCUUGAAAACUUUACAAGAUAAAAUUAAUGAUCUUAAUGCACAAAUUGAACUUAAAAAACAAGAUGUUGAAAAUAACAAUAGUACUAUUGAUCAACUAAAAAUACAGUUGACUACGCUUAUAGAAGAUUGUGAAAAGAUUUAUCCAAAUUAUGAGGAAAACACCAAAAAAGUUGUAGAAAUGAAGAAAAAUAAAGCCAAGGAAAUGUCGUCAUGGGGAGAUGAUGCGUGGAAUUCAGCAUCAACUACUGAAUUUGUGGAAGAAACUUCUACAUCUAAAUUAGAUACAAGUGCAUACAAAAAGUGUCGAGCUUUAUAUGAAUUUGAAGCUCGUAACACAGAUGAACUAUCUUUCCAACCGGGAGAUAUUAUUAUGGUUCCAUUAGAACAAAAUGCAGAACCUGGUUGGUUAACAGGAGAGUUGAAGAACAAGACUGGAUGGUUUCCGGAAUCUUAUGUUGAAACAGUUGAUGGCACUGAUGACAUUCGUGACAUAAUUGCUAAUCGUCAAGCUCCUUUGGAAGACAAUUUUGUAUCUACUCAAAAGCCGGGAAUCGCUGAAUUACCAGAAAAUGAGAUUGGACAAGGUUUUGAUACUGAAGACUUUAAUUCUACUUAUCCUUCUACUGCACUCACUCUAGGACUUGGUAAAACUGUGAAUAUUACUGCACAAGCUUUAAGGGAUUGGACUGGAAAAGACAGUACUUAUUUAUCUUUAAAAUCUGGUGAUAUUGUUGAAGUAAUUGAAAAUCAAGAUGAUUGGUGGUACGGCAAAACUUCAGAUAAUCGUUCUGGUUGGUUUCAAAAAUCUUGUGUGACCAUUAUUGAAAAUGCAGUCAAAGAUACAAAUAUUCCAACUGAUAAACAAGAGUACUACAUUGUUCUCUACCCAUAUGAGUCUGUGGAACCAGGAGAUUUAAAUAUGAAUCAGGAUGAAGUCGUUUUAGUAACAAAAAAAGAUGGUGAUUGGUGGACAGGAACAAUAGGUGAUAGAUCUGGAAUAUUUCCUUCUAACUACGUACAAUAUCUUGAUCCUCAGCCUAAAGGAACUACUAUAAAUAAAAAUCCUCCUUUUGAAACUGCCUCUUCAAUUAAGUCAGAAACAUCUGUUGCAUCAUCUCCAUUGACUACUCCUAUUCAGCUAGAACCUCAAAAGUCUUGUAGUAGAUCUGUUACUCCUGAUCUAGCAUCAACAAAGAGAGAAAGCAGUGCAAAUGAAGAUAGUGAAAAUGACGACAAGGUAUCUAAAGGAACAAAAAAAGCAGAAGUAGCAACUGUGAUUGCUCCAUACACAGCUACUAGUACAGAACAGUUAAGCUUACAACGUGGACAAUUAGUAAAAAUCAGAAAGAAGACUACCACUGGUUGGUGGGAAGGAGAAUUACAAGCAAAAGGCCAAAAACGUCAAAUUGGUUGGUUUCCAGCAUCUUAUGUAAAACCGCUUGGUAAUGCUGGAAGAGCAAAUUCACCUGCUGCUAAAAGUAAUCAACCAUCAGUGCCUGUUACUGCUACAACAACCCCAUCAAACAAUUCUAUAGAAAAAGUUAUAGCUUUGUUUCCCUUUAAUGCUGUUCAUAAUGAUGAAUUAACAUUCCAGAAAGAUGAGAUUAUUACAUUGGUGUCAAAAGAUGAGCAAGCUUGGUGGAGAGGAGAAUUAAAUGGAAAGACUGGAUUAUUUCCAAGUAAUUACGUGGCACCUCUAUCUGAAGUGACGAUUAAAGUAAAAUUGAAUAAAGAAGAAAGAAAACGUCAACAACAUAUUCAUGAAUUGAUUACUACAGAACAGGCUUACAUAGAAGACAUGACUGCUGUACAUGAAGUGUUUGAAAAGCCAUUAUAUGAAAGUGGAGUUCUUUCUACUACAGAUAUCCGUAAAAUUUUUAUAAACUGGGAGGAAAUUAUUGAGUGUAAUCAAAUGUUUUUAACAUCACUUCGAGUCCGUAGAGAUAUGAGUCCUGCUGGUAUAGUACGAAUAGUUGGUGAUAUAUUAUGUGAACAUUUUCCAAGGAUGACUCGAUAUGUGCGAUUUUGUAGUUGUCAAUUAAAUGCUGCGAUUACUUUACAAAAAUUUACUGAAACUAAUCCAGCAUUUUGUGAAGUUACAAAACGUUGCCAAAGUAAUACUCGAAUUAAAGGACUACCCUUGAGUUCAUUUCUCAUUAAACCUAUGCAACGGAUCACUAAAUAUCCUCUUCUAGUCCAAAAAAUUUUAGAACAUACUCCACCAUCUCAUCCAGAUCACUUCCACUUGCAAGAGGCGCAUGCCAAAGCAGAAGAAAUAUGUCUCAGAGUAAACGAAGGUGUUAGGGAAAAAGAAAAUUCUGAUCGUUUAGAAUGGUUACAGACACAUGUAAAUAGUGAAGGAUUAAGUGAAAGGUUAAUAUUUAACUCAUUAACCAAUUCAUUGGGCUCCAGAAAAUUUCUACAUUUUGGAUCUUUAUCCAAGACUAAAAGUGGUAAAGAACUUGUUGGAUUCUUGAUGAAUGAUAUGUUUCUUCUUGUUGAACCAGUGAAACCAGCAAUUUUAUGUGGACAAUCUUUUUCAUUUGAUAAAUUUGCUGGUGAUUCAUUUAAAAUUUAUAAACAACCAUUUUUAUUAAUACUGUUAAAUAUUGGUGAUUCAGUAACUGACAGUGUUGAAUUUAGAAUUGAUUAUGACAAUGUACCUAUACUGUUAUCAGCUCCGAGUAUUAAUGAAAGAAAUUUGUGGUUAAAAACAUUAAAUGAAGCUAAAAAAAUUUUAACUGCUAGUGAAAAAAAUCAAAAACAAUUAUUAGAAUCAAAAAAAGCAGAUUUUGGUGCUUGUGGCAGAGUUUUGGUGUUUGUUAUGGAUGGUAAAAAACUUCAAGCUCCAAAACUUGGUAAAAGAGCAACAUUUUGUGAAGUUAGUAUGGGAUCUCGAAAACAAUGUACACAAAUAAUUGAGUCUCCUGAUCCUAAGUGGGAUUCAUCAAUGCAGUUCCUUGUCAAGAAUAUUCAAGAUGAUAUUCUUUGUGUAACUGUGUUUAAUCAAGGACACUAUUCUCCUGAUGAAUUUUUGGGACGAUCUGAAAUUCGUGUAUCAGAGAUAAUUCAAUCAACUAAAAAUAGCAGAGGACCUCUUACUAAGCAUUUACAAUUAAGAGAAGUGCCAACUGGUGUUAUUACUUUGAAAUUAGAUUUAUGUUUAUUUGAAAAAAAUUAAUUUUAUUUCCAUGUAAAGCAUUCAAUAUCAUCUAAUUACAUAAAUUAAAUUAAAUUUUUUGGCUUAAAUGUUAGAUAUUUAUUUAUUGAAUCUUAAUUUUUA